AAAAUAUGGCACAACAGUUGACACAAGUGAUGGCAUCGCACGAGACCACAGAUGACGGCGAAGAGGAGCGCAAACAACAGCCCAAAUUCAUUAGAAAAAGACUAAUUGACUGUCACUUCGAGUUGAAAACGAUUCCCAUUGAAGACCCGAAGCCGAAGACAGCGCCAGAGUUUGUCGAUCAGAACACCGGCGGUAGUGGUAGUAGUAGUGGUGGCGGCGGCCGAAGUGAUGGUGACAGUAGUGGCGGCGGACCUGUUGUUGGCGAAGAGGAGGACAGACAACAGCCCAAAAUCUAUGCGAAGGACUCAAUGGACAGAUUCGGUGACGACUUGUGUGCACUCAUACUGUCUUAUCUGCCACUCAAACAUCGGUUUCCAUUGGAAUGUGUGUCCAAACAGUUCCGGAGGAAAGUCUUCGAGAGUGUUGUGAACAUCAAAAUCAGGAAAGAAUUGUUUGGACUGAAAGGCAAUACAAGCGCUCAUAUCAUAGGAGUGUUGGAAAGAAUGGCCGAAAAGUGUCCAAACAUUCAAUUCAUUGAUUGUCAGAACCGUAACGGAAGCAACGCUUUGCAUAUGUUUCCCACAAUUAGUCACAAAUUCCCGCAUUUGAGGGAAAUUUACUGCUAUUUGGUUGGAAACAGCGACCAAUGGUUACCAGUGUUGGCGCCACUGAUCACACGAGUGCUCGUCAAUCACAACUACAAAUCUCUCACUCAAUGCCACCGAUUGUCUCAUUUAGAAGUGGUUUUCUUGAGCCAUGUCUUCGACAGCACUUCCGAUGAACUAUUGGUGAAGAAUUUACAACUCUUUAAGUUCUGGAUGAUAGCGAGCGCUGAAGAAUACGACCGGUUGUCCCGAUUCGUGUCCGGGAAUCAAUCACUCAAAGAGCUUUCAAUUGAAACUCACGUGAAAACAUCUUUGGCUGAAAUUGCGAAACAAUUGUCUCGAUUACCACAACUGCGGUCAUUAGGACUCAAUAUAGCUCAGGGAUACCGUAUGUAUCAAUUGGGCGACUCAUUGGCCGACUCUUUGCGUACAAUUGGCGUGAAUUGCAAACAAUUGAAACGAUUGUCACUCAAGUGCUGGCAUUACGCGACACUCAAUCCGUUGAAAGAUUGGCCGCAAUUAAAGCGAUUGCAUUUAGAGCUCUUGGAGACCAAUGAUUGGGAACUAUUGGAACCGUUGAGACACUGCCGACGGUUAACACAUUUGAGUCUAUUUAUGUACAAAAUGGGAACCAAUUAUCUGUUGGAUUGCGACAAACAUUGGCCACGACUUCAAUACCUAUACGUUAGGCAUAGAGAUGGCGAGCAUUCAUACGAAUCAGACAUUGAUAUCAGAGACACUGAUUUCGAGGAACUGUUCUCAAAGAGUCCUAAACUCAAAAACAUUACAAUCCGUGAAAACAAAGUCUUGUUAUUUGAACGCAAAUAA